CAGGUGCAAAAAAGUGUCUCUGAGGCUUGGCGGUCAGCGUGUGUCGCUGCGUUGCAAUCGCCUGCGACAACCUACAACACGCUCGAAGGGUUGCAACAGAAAGACGUACACGCUCACGGGACCAGUCUAUAUACACACACAGAUGUGUACACACACACAGAUGUGCACACGCACACAGAUGUGCACACACAAUCUGGUGCGCCCACGCACAGGGGGGGUAGCACCAUCGCAACAGAGACGACAUACAUAGAGAGAGACGGCCCAUCCGGAAUGAGGAGAGCUGAUGCCACACAGAAAACAACACCAAGUGACGCACACGCACAGACAUAUGGCCAUGACAGCCCACCAUAUGCGGUCACAGCCACAGCCACUCACAUUUUGCACAGUACACCGAAAGACCAACCAGUCACUACACCGCACGCAGUGAACGGCCCAUCCGCAGAUACAAAGCUACAGAUGUCCCAGAACCCCUGCCAGAGACAGACAGCUGUGCCAGCUACGCAUGCGAUAGAAAGUGCAAUGCAGCCUGCGGACGCACAUACAGCAGCCCGAUGUUCUAUAAUUAGCAAUGCGGAGCCGUCCAAUCAGGUUGAAGAUGCAGGCAACUCGUGUGGCGGUGGUGAUGAUGCAAUGGAGGAAAGGAGCUUGUCUGCAGCAGCCGCUGGCAAACGAGAAAGUGCGUCUCACGCAACACAGCGAACGAAUACAAUCGAUGCGCACAGUUUCGGUGAAGGCGAAGCCGAUGGGAGGGAUGUGGGGAGGAUAGCUGGUGUGAACUAUAGCACGGAUGAAGCACUGACAAAGACAACCACAGGGCAUGGCCAUAGCAACAGGCGAGCAGUAAAUAGCAGUAGCACUGUCACACAACGCAACACACACACCCCGAUGCACGGAGACGCAGGCGAAAGACCAGACCAACAGCGUGUGCUGGGCGGGUUGGCGUUAGCAGAGGACCGCAGCAACGUGCCUGUGUACGACACAACGAACAGCAGGAGAGUGACUGCCACGCACACGGCAACGAACCACUACGCCCUGUGGAGUGGGGCAGAAGCACAGGACGAGAGAUGUGCUACGGCUGAAGGGCAUGUGAGCAGUGGGAGUAUGUCAGAGGGGCCCACUGAUGGGGUGGGCAGAGAUGUAUUUGUGGGGCAGACAGCUGUGCACUCGGGCGAAGAGUUGCAGACGGAUGCCCAGGUGGCUGGGAGUGGCUGUGGUGAAGUAAGGACUCAGCAGCACACAGGCGUGGACGUAGCCAUGGCAAGCAGCGCACACAGGAGAGUGCCUGUGGGUAGGGCUGGGAAAGUCGAGAUAAUUGCUAGUGGCGAUGGCAGUGGACACGAGCACACCUUUCAACACACGGAUGCGUAUGUGCGCACACCGCGACACGCACACGCGUGUGCUGUGGACGAGGGCCCUAUCAAAGCCAACUGCAAACGUUUGCGUGUGCAGCCCAUCACUGGCGCGGCUGUGGUUCAGUCGCUGCACCGUGCAUUGCGCAAGGUGUCCUGUGCUAGCUCUCAUGGUACGGGGUGUGUGCGUACAUGUGUGCGUGCGGGUGCGGGGGCGUGUGCGUCUGCGUGCAUAUACACAUGCUCCUGUACACACACAGCAGACGUUACAGAUCAACAGGACCAAACCGCUCGGCGAGAGACGGCACUGGAGAUGACGCUACGAGACGCUGUAGCACAGCUCACGCAAUGUGCCGCGCUCUUCAACGCGCAGUGUGGGGGCACACCCACACAUCGCCACAUAUGUCCACGGGCGUAUCAUGGCCCACCCCAUGCCACGCACACACAGGCCACCAACAACACGCACAGCGAUUCACGAUCACAUCCACACGCGCACGCGACUCACCUGAGGUCUCUGUGUGGAGACACAGAUAAUGCGCAGAGGGACCACCGCAGCCUCACAGGGGUGUCGUCGCACACGUCGGUGCGUGUGCUGCAGGAGCUGAUGCACUCACUGCUGGAUGUGGCGUGUGCUGCCGACCCCUUCGCCAGAAGAGAUGCGCAAGGCAGCGAACACGCACACGACCACGGUGCAGGACCGCAGCAGAUGAGAGCGGAUGGAGGCGUGCAUGCGCAAGAGCAGCCGCCAUACGAAGCUGUGGCAUGGGACGAUGACACAUGCGCACGUGCACAGUGCACAGGGGCGAGUGCCCGUGAGAGUGCGCAGUAUAGUGCAGACGAACACGUGUGCGCGUGGCCGAGCAAAUGGGCCGUGGCAGAUGCGCUUAAGGAGUACUUUGGAAGUAUGCACGAGGCUAUGCGGAGUGUCAGUGCUGGUGUGGGGUGGAAACGCGCUGCAAUGCUGAGAGCAAUGUCUUCUCGAGGCCAAGCGGCUCGGACAGGUGCUGACGGACAGCAUACGACAUGUGUACCCUCUCACCACACCCAUCCCACGGCGACACCCCCGGUAACCAUAGCAACGUCGCCGUUGAAAGUGCUGCUGGAAGUACUGGUGGGGCACCCUUGUGUGACUGCGAGUGACGGUGCGACACCAGCGCAUCUCACAGAGGCAACGCCUUUUGAAGUGCAUUUGACGUCUCAAGUGCUCAACUCAAGAAACCAGCCCUCAUCCACACACCCACACCCACACCCACACCCACGUGCACCGUCUCAGUCGUCCGUGUCAUCGACAAUCGGAUGUUCACACACAGACCCUAUUACACCUGCGGUGGAUGAGACAGCGCAUACAGCGAUGCACAACCACAUCAUCACACGGAACUCACACAGCAAUGAGCCAUCACGUGUCACGGAGCAUCACAAACCGCCGCACUAUGCACCGACACAGACCAAUACGAACACGUCAAAGAUAAAAACACCUAAUCAGAAUACAAGCACAUCCAGCCACUCUACAUCGCAGGCAAAGGUAUCCAUUCCCAGCACAGUGAAGACAGAGAGGACUGACCUAAACGCGCCAGUAACGGCACGUUCCCAACCUCAACAGCGCACCCCCACCGCAGCACAGCGACGGGCCAAGGCACGCCGAUGGCACAGACGGAAGCACACCAACAUUGCCAAGCUGAUUCUGUGGGUGUGGGUGCACACGUGCGGCCCUUUGGACCUGGAAUCAGGGCAAUUAUGGCCCUGUACACAUGCAUCUGGAAAGGACACCGCUGCACGUGCACCUGGGCAGCACAGUGCGAGCGGUGUGAGUGGAAACGAUAGCACAGUCGAUUCCGUGAGAAGAGUCGGUGGAGUAAAGGCAGCCACUCAGAGGGGAUCUAUAAAUAGCACAGGAAACGCCAGUGCUGUGGACAUGGCUUCCGAGCUUGGCGGUGGUCGCGGCCUAGAAAAAGGACAGUGUGUCUGGAGUGUCUCUGUGGAUAGCAGCGUGCACGUGCUCGAGGCGCACUUAAUGGCUUCAUGGACUGGUGCAAACGCGGAGGUGCCUGCGUGCGAGGCUGAGGCCGCGCAGCUCCUCGCGACUAGAGAAAAGGUGUGUGCGAGAGCGGUGUGGUUUAUUGUGUGCGUUAGACAUAUUUGA